GCAUUUACAAGUCCUCGCCCAUCGCAGUGUGGAUCGCAGGUUCGGAAGCCUGGCUGCAAUCUAUUCGUUUUCGUGGAAUCGCACGUCGCGUGUUGGUCGAAUGGGAGGAAACCCUUCCGGCCGCCCAUGCGGGAACUACGCGGAAAAGUGUAGGAGUAUGGCCACCCACCGAGACGUUUCUCGUACUCGUGAUUAGGAGCAGGCUUGUGUAUCUGGCCAUACCGAUGUAAAGCUGCGGCUUACAAGUUUCUUCACUGGGCCUCAAAUACUGAGUGUUUGAGACCUUUUUCGCCCUGUCGAUCGGGCAAAAGCUUUCGCAAUGUGGAGUGGAGGAUUCGUGCGUGGCCUUGGAGGCUCCUUGCCAUGGGGUUUCGGAGGUCGAUUGCCUCCACCCAAUGCCGUAUCAAAGGGCGCUGAAGGUGCGGGAGAGGAAAUGUCGAAGCCUGACGUCUCUCCAGAACGAGGAUGGCAGUUUCCUCUCAAAGCUGGUCUGACGUCCGGCGGGCUCGCUUUCGUUGGGGACACAGCAGCCCAAUUUGUCACUCGUUACAAGCGAAGCAAAGCCUCUCAGGAGCUCUCAGAGUCUCCCGAAAAGAAGAGUGUUCUGAACGAUGCAACUUUUUGGCAGCACGAUUGGGUGAGGGCAGCGAGGAUGGGGAGCUAUGGUUUUCUCUGCUACGGGCCCCUGUCGCACAUGUGGUACCAAACACUGGACAAAGCUUUACCCGUGAAGAACACGAUGAACUUUCUCGUGAAGGUUACACUGAAUCAAAUCGUUUUAGGUCCUAUCGUAAUUGCCAUCGUAUUUGCCUGGAACGCCGUGUGGACCAAUAAUCUUCAGGGUCUGCCCAAUCAGUACAAAUAUCUGGCUCUUCCAACCCUCAUGGACGGGUGGAAGUUCUGGACGCCUGUUACUUUUCUUAACUUCGGGAUCGUUCCAUUGGAGGCCCGCGUCGCGUUCAUGUCUUCCUGUGCUGUCUUCUGGAAUUUCUACCUGUCGACCGCUGUCUCCAAGAAGGCUGCGUGAGGUAAGAACUCGAACGUUCUGCGCUGUCAAAGAGAAUGUUGGUCGAACCGACUGACCUCCUCGCACACAGUAAAACUCAUGUGUGCAAUUUGGUAUGUAGGUUGGGAGCGACCGUAACGGUCUCCGUGUGUAGUUACAACCGGUAACCUUUUAGUGCUAUUAAUCUGCAUCCAGAUGAGCUGAAGGUACCACAUCCAGCGAGGCCAACUCUAGUUUCUAUUCCAAUUCAUAUUAGAAAGUAUUCCAAGUUCAAACACUACCCCGUAACGUAAUAGUCUACGUCCGCCACAAUGUACCCUGUUCAUUGAGGUAUUGUAUAGUUGCCUGAGUGUAGUUGACGUAGUAUUAAACGCCGGGGUAUCUUUGAACCGCCAUUCUUUUGCCCUCAGCAGCCACGGGAGAGUUAUCUGUCAGGCUUGAAGCCACUGUACAACACCGGCUUGGUGCCAUAUGUUGGUUUUAAGCCCAAACCUAUUUGAUUGAUUCAGGCUAUCAGUUGGAGCAGACAGUUAAUAAUAAAGUGAAGUUUAACCCACCC